AUGAACUCUUCGUUCGACGCUUUCUUUGCUUACCAUGAUACAAAUUUCAAAUUCGAGUUUAAUCAGCAGGUGCUCACGAUUGGUAAUACUGUGACUAUUGAUAAUAUCGAUAAUCGUCGUGUAACUGGGAAACAUCUCAGAGAAGAUGAAAUGGAAACACCGGUUGAUGUAACUCCACUGAAGCAGGUGGAAAAGCUUCCUUGUGAAUUUGAAAUUUCUCAAACAAAGAGACCUAGAAAUGUUCCCCCUAUGAACCUGCAACAAGAAGCAAUCGUUGACGCUGGGCUGACAACUAGUGAUAAAUUCCAAGAAACUAAUACUGAAAAAGCAGGAGAGACCACAGGAAGGUCAGGCAAAAACGUUUUUGAUGUCUCGUUUGACGAGUACGUUGGCUCAGGCGUGAACAUACAAGACAGAAGUGAUGAUAUAGCUGAGUCAAGCGAAGAUCUUGACGACUAUUCAGAUUCCGCAUCUGCUGUAACUAGUUCUGACGAAACAAAGUGCGAUGUUAAAAAAGACGAUAUAGACGUGUCAACAUGGGUAGAUAAUAUGGAUCAGGAAGAUAUACUGGACGACGAGACUUUUAUUUCGCAACAAGUCCAAGCCGGAAAUAGGAAAAAGAAAAAAUCUGGCGGGUUUCAAUCAAUGGGGCUAUGCCAUGCAGUGUUUAAAGCUAUUCUCCACAAGGGUUUUAAAGUCCCAACUCCAAUACAACGUAAAACAAUCCCUUUAAUAAUGGAAGGAAAUGACGUAGUUGGUAUGGCCCGCACUGGUUCCGGGAAAACUGCCGCAUUCUUAAUACCGAUGAUAGAGAAACUCAAAACGCAUUCCGCUAAAGUUGGAGCACGCGUAGUAAUAUUAUCUCCCUCACGUGAAUUAGCUAUUCAAACUCAAAGAGUAUGCAAAGAACUUGCGAAAUACACUGAUCUACGUACGUGUGUAAUUGUUGGAGGAGAUGGUCUGGAUGAACAAUUUGCAAUGAUAGCCAACAAUCCUGACAUUUUGAUCGCGACUCCCGGAAGAUUAUUACAUUUGAUUGUCGAGAUGGAUUUGGAUAUGAAGACUGUAGAGUAUGUUGUAUUUGAUGAAGCUGAUAGAUUAUUUGAAAUGGGAUUUUCGGUGCAAUUGCAUGAGAUAUUAAGUCGGCUGCCACAGAAUCGACAGACUAUGCUGUUUUCUGCCACAAUGCCGAGAGGACUAUAUGAGUUUGCAAAGGCUGGAUUACAAGAGCCGAAAUUGGUGAGACUGGAUGUUGACACAAAAAUAAGCAGUGAUCUUGAGAUGGCUUUCUUUUCGGUAAAACAGCCUGAGAAGGAAGCAGCAUUGUUAUACAUAUUACGCGAGAUUAUCAAGGUUCCUUUAUCUUUACCCUCAUCAGAAGCCAAAUCAGAUGAUGAUAAACCGGCAACAGAAGGAAAACGUAAGAAAAAGAAAAGUCAGAUUUCACAGUAUGCAGUCUUUCCUCACCAGACCCUGAUAUUUGUCUCUACAAAACACCACGUGGAAUAUAUCUCUGCACUGGUCAGUUUGGCUGGAUAUCAAUGUUCUUAUGUUUAUGGAACCCUUGAUCAAACAGCAAGAAAAAUACAAAUCAAUAAUUUCAGAAAUGGGAAGACCAAUUUACUAGUGGUUACUGACGUAGCUGCACGUGGAAUAGAUAUACCUAUUUUGGAAAACGUAAUUAAUUACGAUUUUGUAGACAGCAGUAAAAUGUUUGUACAUCGUGUUGGAAGGACGGCGAGAGCUGGGCGUAGGGGUUGGGCGUAUUCGUUAAUAACUUCCGAUGAGCUUCCUUAUGUACUUGAUCUCCAACUUUUCCUUGGUCGACGUCUUCUCGUUGGUUCGACAUCUAGUUCAUAUCAAGACUAUUCAUCAGACAUAAUACUUGGCUGCUUUCCUCCUGACACUCUUGACAUUGAUAUGGAGUGGGUAAAAUCAAAAGUUCUGAAUGAAAACGAUCUGGCUUCUCUUCAGAAGGUAGCAAAAAAUGGGUACAAAUUGUACACAAAGUCAAGAUCAUCAGCAUCAUCAGAGAGUCAUACUAGGUCAAAACAGUUGUAUACGACUAACUUGACGUUAAAUAUUCAUCCAAUAUUUGCCGAACAAGUCGACGAGCAGGAGAAGAAUUUUUUGAAUUUUAUAACUUCGAUAUCUAAUUUCCGCCCUAGCGAGACGAUAUUCGAAAUAGGCAAGCGAGGCAUUAAUAAACAGUCGUCCGCUGCUCACAUAAUGAAGAAAAGACGUAGCGCCGUCGGAAAACUGAUUGAAGAUUAUAAAGCGAGUAAAAAAGAAGUACCGGAUGUGAACCAAACAGCAGUUACGAAAAGUCAGGAAACUUUGACGAUGAUAUCGGAUAUUUCGGAAAUGGAAGAUAGUCAGGAGUCUAAUAAGAGAAAAUCUGUGGGUAAAAGUGAAUUAAAAGCAAAGAAGCGGAAAGUAACGUCUUUUAAGGAUGAUGAAUAUUACAUUCCUCACGUUCAGAAGGAUGCCAACACAGAAAAAGGUUAUUCGAUCACACAAGGCAGCUCCUUUGCGGAACAAGCACAAAGAGCUAUCUUGGACUCUCAAGGUGAUGAACAUUCUCUGCUGCUAAAGACGAAUGCAUUAAGAUGGGAUUCCAAAAAGAAGAACUUUGUGCGUGGCAUCGGUACGGAUAACAAAAAACUGAUCACAACAGAAAGUGGAACAAAAAUACCAGCGACAUACAAAAGCGGACGAUUCAAAGAAUGGCAAAAACAGAACAAAAUUUCGAUACCGGCUACAGGUGAAAAGGAAAUUCCCGGAUCUCACCUACAAGCAAAGCGUUACCGUCACAAUAAAAUUACCGCGCCUAAACCGCCAGAUCCGUUAUCCAUUAACUAUGAAAAGAAGAAGAAAACGUUGCAGAAGAUGGAUACUGGGAAUACAUUGGGCAAAGUGACGGACGAUAAGUUUAAGACAGAGUUGAAAACCAUUGAUCAGAUAAGCAAAGAAAGGAGGAUGAAAGCAAAGAAAAAAGCUAAAAAUGCUAGGCUACCGCGAAAAUUGCGGAAGAAAUAA